CCACCCGAAACACGGAUCGGCGCCUGGCAACUAUAGUCGAGAGGUCGUAUACCGGUAGAGGAAGACGUAUUGCAGCAGGUCUGGUUGACCGGCUCAUCUACUCGCUCGGAGCCCUGUAACUGGAACCUCAUCUGCAUUCGCCUUGACACCUGCGCAUAUACUUCCACCAUGCCCCGAAUCCUGCGGCAUAAAGUCCUACACUUCCCUCUUCCUAACUUACUCCCGGUUCUACCCCCUAGCUUCAUCGAGAAUGCCAGGGUCAAGCACAAGGACACCCUCACAGCCAAUCCGAAUGCUAAGGGGAGCUCGAGGUCCAAGAAGAUCAAGGGCAACCGGCCGUCCGUCGUCCCCUCCAACAAUGGGGUAGACGACGAGGAUGUAAAGAAGGAGGAUGAAGGCGAGGACGAGCGGGCCAGGAGAGAUACGGGGUCGGGUAGUAUGGAGGUCGAUGAGAUCGAAGCGGGGAGCACGGUCGGGAGUACCGGUAUGAACAACGGGGCAGGCCACAACGGGGACUCGACCACCGAUGUGGAUCAGGAGCUCGAAGAGGCACUGAAGGAGAUCCCGAUCACGGACCUACCUGCGCCGAGUGAAAGAGAGUUGUUGGAAUACUUUCGUGGGCAAGAGCAAGGUCGGGCUGUAAACGGCAACGGCGGUUCGGGUCCGAGCUCGAGCAGAGCAGAGGAGGCUUCGACAGGCGUCACGAAAGAGAAGGAGAGGGAAAAGGACAAGGACAGGGAAUGGAAAGAGCCGGAAGUGUUUUAUAUCAAGGAGACUGGGGAGAUCUUUUUGGAGUACGAUAAAUACGUCGAUCGGAUGUUAUUCUACAAGCGAAAGAUUUUCAACUCGGAGAACAACGUGCACAGUAGCUCUGACACCGUCACAUCGUUCUUCGGAGCGCUCGAGGGUGAAAAGACCAACAGCGUGGCCGCUCAGGGAGGUCUCCCUCCGGUCUUGAAGAAGGCUUGUUUACAUUUCGCUCAGUUCUCGUUGGAUGGACGGCUGGAAGGGCUGAUGGAUAAGACGUUUGCGAGGUUGAACAACCGGUAUUUCCCGCAAGAGAAGGUGUUCGUUCAAUUAGGCAAAGAUCAGUAUAUCGCCAACAUCGCCGAAGUCAUCGGUCCUUCUUCCGCCCCGAGCUCGAGCAAGAACGGGAAAAAGGCCGCCAGACGAGAACCUCAUGCGCUCGCCCUCGACUCUCGGGUCUCCCAGGAAGAGGCGGACAAGGCGGACGACCCGAUGGCGUAUCACUACAAGGUGCAGCUGAUCUCCUCGAAGGAUUUCGAGCGGAAUAAGCAAAGGUCGAUCGGUGAGGACACAUCGGCUCUGUGGGGCGAUCGGGUCGUAGAGGUGGCAGCGGAUCUGAUAUCACGAGACAAGAACGAGUAUUCGAAGCUGGCCAUCAAACGAUUACUACGAGAUUCGCUCGGUCGGGACUCCAUGUUGUGCUCUCCUUGGCUUGUACAUGAGCCUCUCGCAAGAAGGUAUGGGAUCUCGACCGAGGUUCCGGAUGAUAUACAAAAGGUCUCGGAGGCGGAACGCAAGGUGCAGAUCGAGAAACGACGAAGAACGAGCGUGAAGGAGCCCCCGGUACCCGAUGUCGUGCCAGAAGGUCCGCCCUCAAAGAAGCAAAAAGUCGAGGGAGGUGCUACGACUGUUAAGAAACGAAAGACGGCUGCGCAAAAGGCAGAAGAGGCUGCACGAAAGGCUGAAGAGGAGCGGAUCAAGAAAGAGCAGGAAGAAGAGGCUGCACGGAUAGAAGCGGAAAAGAAAAAGAAGAAGCCGACAAAAUAUCCUGCAGAAGACUUUCUGAUUGAGUAUACGCCACGGGACAAGAGUUCGGGGAAGCCUCAAGUGCGGCCAAGCUUUAGCACCGAAAUACCUUUCCCCAUGCAUUUCGAGACCUUUAUUACGACUUGGAACUUCUUGAACGCCCUAUCGAAACCUCUGAAGUUGGCUCCAUUUACGAUCGACGAAUACGAAAACGCGCUUUAUCACUCAAACCCGGCUCAGCCAUGCGUCUUGCUACAAGAGAUCCACCAGACGCUGCUGAGUCUGAUCAGAGCGGAUGCUUCGACCAACCAGGACUUGGUCUUGCCGCUCAAAGCCGCCGUCCCACCUAGUCUCGCGAGUGACGGAGACUCGAGUAACGAAUCGAGUGACGAUGAUGAUGAUGAAGACGAGGACAAGCAGGAAAAGAUCAAGCUGGUGACCACUCAGGCUGGAGUGCUGGCAGCAGAGUUUGGUGCCCAGGAGACCAAUGGAAAGAUCGGCAGACGGGAUUCUUGGGAAGGGAUGUUGGCAGGCUGUCUGUGGCAGCGAGGCACUACUCACUCCGUUCCUAACCUGAUACACUACCUCUUGGGUCUCCUUCUGGAAGCGGAGAACGUGCCGACCGGUCGCCCUACAUGGUCGGCAGCUUCGACAAGACCAAAGCUUGCAAAAAACUUGUCUGCCCGAUAUGCCGCCUUGCAUUCGAUCUUCAAGCUCGAAAUCGUCGCUUUCCUAUGUGAGCUGGUCAUGCAAACUGGAACGAUCCGGGACUACUAUGAUCAAGCGGCGCUGGCGCUCUCAAAGUGCAGGAACGACCAGAAUGCGAACAAGCGAGAUUUGGCCAAGAUCCGGGGAGAAAAGCCUGAAGGCGAUCCUGAAGCGAACGGCGAGACGAAUGGGCAAGUAGAGGAUACACCGUCCGUAAUAGCCAAAGAAUCCGAGGAUAGCAGCCUUUCAGAAGCCGAGUCGAGCUCUGCCGGUAUCUCUCGUCAAGAGAAGGUCAAAGCCGCUCGUCAGCGAAAAGAGAUGGAAGCCAAGCAAGCCCAGAUGGAGUUGCAAGAAGCGACCAAAAAGAAAAAGGCCGACGACAAAGCUAGGCGACUCGAGAAGGAAGAGGAGGCACGGCUCGUCGCUAGAUCUGCCGAAUUGGCACGGGAGUUCCGAAGACAGUACAACAGUAUGCGAACGUAUCCUCUCGGACAGGAUCGAUUCUUGCAUACGGUCUGGUGGCUCGAUGGUUGUGGUACGGCAGACCUGGUCGGUCCGGAUGGCGGGGCAGUGUAUGGCACGGGCAGGCUCUAUAUCCAAGCUCCAAACGAGGCAGACAUCAAGCGAGUGACGGAAGAGGAGGAUCUGGACGAGGAAGAGAUGGCGGCCAAGCGGACAGCAGAGGAACCCGAAGGGGAGCGGCUCGAAUUGGGAGAAUGGGCAGCCAUUGACAAUCCUGAGCAGCUCGAAAAUUACAUGAACUGGUUGAGCGAAAAGGGCAAACGAGAGAUCAAGCUACUCAAGACACUCGGUCAGCUCAGGCCGCUCAUCGAAGCAGGAAUGCGCAAACGAGGAGAGCUCUUUGCACCCGAACCCGAGGUGGAGGAGCAAGGUCUGACCGCACGACGACAGAAACGAAACAGCAACAAGAAUCCUUAUCGAAGCGGAGAAUCUUACCUGGGUUACAAGGUGAGUGUUCCGACGCCUCAGUCAUGUUCCCACGUUCGCAACUGAUGGCGGCUUUUUUGUUCCGUAGAACACAUACCGAUAAGGACGAU